GGUUGAUUGAAUUGUCAUUUGUAUCGCUGUCAACCUGGACAUAUUGACUGCUACUUGUGGACAACCGACGAAGUGGAGAUGUCCGCGCGUCGCUGAGAGAAUGAGGGAGCUGGACACCGAGAGUCCCGUCAUCUGGCCGGCCUGGUGUUAUACUGGUGAGGUAUCCAGUGAGAGUGUAUCAGCAGGCACAGUACCACGAAGAGGUGAGCGCGUUGAAGCUGCUGAACUAGGCAGACACACGGAAAAUUUGGACGAGACAACCCUGGCCGCGAACACAGCGAUUGACGCCAGGGGCGGGAGCCCUCAGGGCGCACACUUGUCCGGUGCUGUGACACCGAGGCCACCCAGAGGUAGAAGGCGUCAGAAUCAAAACGGCCUCGACACAACUCAGGUGAAGACGGAACGACUCACGCCCGAUAAUAAUUCAACGUCAUCGAGAAGCGUGACGCCGUCCUCGUCAAGUCAUCCCGGUACGCCACCAAAUGCCGCUGCACUUGGUGGACCCGACGGCCCACCAGCGCCCCAUCAUCUCAAGCACAUGGAGCAGAUGAUGGGCAGAAAUUACAGUGACUUCAUGAGAAGUCUAGCCGCCAAGUACAACAACGCAAACCCCAACGAUUACUUCAGCUCGAGGGGCAACGGCUAUCCACCGGGUCUCGAUCCGAGAUUUCCAGCGUUUAAGACUGCUGCGACGCCCUUUGUGGGACUGAUGGCACCUCUUGGGACACCACAACCACCGACAAUACCUACGACAUCACCAUUAUCUGGCAAGGAUUCCAAGGAACCGAAGCAGGACACACUUUUUGGUAAUCCUGUGUUCCCACCGAUGCUGGAUAUGUCUUCUACUCAGGCAUUACUACAUAUGGUUAGGACUGCGAAUGCUGCGCAAAAUGCAGCUGAACUCGAGACUUAUUUAAAAGGUGCGAAUAAGAGAGACACAGGUGUGACAAGUCCCCUGGACCUCUCGUCUCCGGGUGGUUUUGCCCCCCGCAAGAGACAAAGACCAGAAACACGACGAUCGGGAAGCGUGUCGCCCAAGCCAAAAGCAGCACCUCGGCCAAGUACACCUCCACCAGUCAGAUGUCCCUCACUCUGCGGUCACAUGCCCUGCGGUGAUGGCCAAGCCGUCAAUCGUUGGACCAUCGAGGACGUCGUUAACUACGUGUCCUCGAUCGAUAUUUGCGCCGAAUAUGCACAGAAUUUCCGGGAAAAUCGUAUCGACGGUGCGUCAUUACCUCUUCUAUCCGAGGAUCACCUGACAGGCCCAAUGGGCAUGAAACUCGGGCCGGCCUUGAAGCUCCGUGCAAUGCUGGCCCGAAAGCUCGGUGCCUGCACGGUAUGUCUUCACUGCGCCCACUGCCAUCAAACGCCACUUCCGGUGCUGAAUGCAGCGGCUGCCGCCGCUGCUACCGUAAAUACCACGCAGACACCCGGAAGACGGCCCAGCAGCACUGGAAACUGACAAACAAUGGCGGAGACUCCGGGUCCCGAUGCCGAUCCCAAUCGCGCAUUGAGAAUCGAGAGACGUGUAUCCCGUCCUGUACGCAAACCCGAUGUCGUGUUUAAAAAGCCGAUAAAACAGUGACGAUUAGCUUUUGCCCGACAUUUUUAUGAGGAGACUCCGCCCAAUUUCAGUACCUAAUUUAGUUUUUAGCUAGGGGUAAUUAGGUUUAUGCUGAAAGUGCCUAGGAACAGGUGCAAGAAAAUUUUAGUGGAAAAUCCUAGUGCAUUCGCUUGAAAAUUCUAUUUGUUUUCGAUUGGAAAAGAAAGUUUAUUAGUUUUCCGUUAAUUUUAUGGAAAAUUUUCGAAGC